CGAUUGUGUUCUGUUGUGCAGUGUCUGCAGUCGGAAACGCCUCUUGGACAUCCCGAAUCGCCAGCCGCACCGCAGAGCCGCCCUCCACCGCCGCCCCGAAGAUACUUGGCUUGCACCAAUCGCUUCUGUUUGUCUGCUUGGUGAAAGGACGAUCUCUACCCCCACCUCUCCAGUUGUGCAGGGACACCCAGAACCGCUCCACGUAUAUGCUCCUGCUUUGGACACAGAAGCAGCAUGUCAUUCUUUAAAUCCACGUUCUCGUCGAACCCGACGGCCGGGUCGGGCGCCAAUGGCGGCAGCUCGAACCACAGCUCACACACCACGGCAACGGCCAAACUGCCGAGCAAUGCGUCCCCACGACAACCAGAGCCGGCGAAGAAGAAGUCUCUGACAUACAUCUUGAACAGCCCCAACGAGCGCCAGAUGAAGGGACACCACUCGAUAGGCGUCAACUCGCUCUUGUACAACAAGACGGACAAGUGUCUCAUCUCGGGCGGGAGAGACGGCCAGAUAUCCAUCUGGAAGUUCGACACAGACGCAGACCCGUCGAAGUACGACCCAAUCAAAGACAACGACGACGUCUAUGACAACUUCCGGACCAAUGCCGACAUCCGAAACCAUAUUUUCCAGAACUUGGACAACGACUUAGAACUAGAAAACUUAGAAACAAGCAUAAAGCAGGGCGUGUCCUCUGUGUCGAUCCCAACCUCGACCUCCGCCCCCCACUAUUAUAGAAACUCCUUCCUCCACCACUUCGGAUGGAUCAACGAUAUGGCCCUGCUAGACGACGGCCAUACCAUAGCUUCGUGCUCGAACGAUUUGUCCAUCAAGUGCUGGAACUACAGCACAGGCACAAAAUCAACCCUAGGAUACCACGAUGACUACAUCAAGAAAAUCGGCUACACAAAGAGCCGCAAAAACGAGUUGGUGUCUGCCGGGUUGGAUAAAGUCGUCAAAGUGUGGGACACCACCAAGGGCCAGCCAAUUUCUUCAUAUAAGUUCAAAGAUUUCAACAACUCCAUAUAUUCAUUAGAUGUCAACAACGACAUGAUCAUCUGUUCGGGACCCUCAAAUAUCAUCAACCUGUUCGACAGAAGAGGUAUGGCCAAGCCGGUGAAAACAUUUCUCGGUCAUACCGAUAAUGUCCGGGCUCUACUGCUCAAGGAUAACUCGUUUCUGUCCGGGUCCUCAGACAGCACUCUGAAAUUGUGGGAUUUGAGGUCGACCCGGAUUUUAAGGAAUUUCGAAAUGCACAACUCCCCAAUCUGGUCCAUAUACACGCCAGAUUAUUCCGAUGACUUUUCAAUAUUUUAUUCGGCAGAUAAGUCUGGUCUGUUGUUGAAGACCGACCUGAGAGCUGCUGACCUCAACUCUCAAAAUUUGAGUGGCUAUUUUAAUUACAAAGUCAACGAAUCGUUGGGAAUAAGCACGGUCAUUGCUAACGUCAACUAUUCAAACACUUCUCCAGACAACUCAAGCGUCGCAGAUAUGGAGUCUUCGGUCUCGGGCAUAAAUGAUAUUGUUGAAACAGAUGACUUGGGAACGCUAUGGACGGCAACUGCUUCCACAAUUCACAACGCAAAUACCAACUAUAUAUCCAGUUGGUCUAUUCCGCAAACAGGGAAGCUGGUAAUACACCAAGGUCUUGUACUUAAUCGAAGAUUAGCAAGCCUAUAUAACAACAAUAACAAUACCAGUGGCAAUGGGGAGGCACUCACUCCUACUUCAAACAUAGGUCAACUUUCUGGUUUUCACUUCAAGCGCCCAAACAGUGUCCAAAAUGAUCUUCAAAUAGAUACAGUCAAAUCCAACGACAGUAUUCAUGAUACUGAAGAUCUAGUCAGUCAAUUGAGUGGUGACGACUUGGAUCAAAUAGAUAAUGCUCUUUUCUCCAACACCAAUGGGCUAGACAAGCUUUUGGUAGAAAAUAGCCCGCAACUGGAUGGUAAAACAGAUCAAUCGGUUACGUCAUAUGAUAUUGGCGGCGAAUACGACCCGGUAGGGACCCACACCGAUACGGGAGACGUUUAUGGAGAAAGAGUAGAAGAUGACGAGAUGGAUGAAGAUGGGUAUGAGUACGCCACUUGUUUCGUUGAACUAUGGGGGAAUUUGAACACACACUUUUUGUUUGCAGACGACUACAUCAAUACACUGGAGCAGGAAAUAGAAUCUUUGGCUCCAUCACAAGAUACUACCGGAGGGUACGAUCCAUUCAGCGGUCCACCGAAAGUUAUUGAAAACAACUUACAAGUUACAAAAAAGAUGGUCAUCAAUUGCGGUAAUGUCAACGAGGACGAGAUCCUGCUUUUGCCCUUCAACAUCAAACCUAUUUCCAAGAUCUCUGGUACUAGCGGACUUAUUAGAAGCAAGAUCUUGAACAAUAGGAGACAUGUUGCAGCCAUGGAUCAAACCGGUUGUGUUUACAUAUUUGAUAUUCUGCAGUGUAAGUUAAUCCAUAGAGUUGAUAAUCAUCUCUCAGUCAAUAGCAUAGACACCAUUGAAAACAUCAAGUUGAAAUCUGAUGCAACUCGGGAGGAGACUUUUACUGCAACCAAUGAAGAUGAGCUUAAUUUAUCGGACAGAUUUGAGGCAGUAUGUGAGAAAUUUCAAACACAAGAAACGCUACCUACGUGGUGUUCGGUACAAGUCAAGGCAGGUCAGUUGUUCAUUACUUUGAAGGAGAAUAACUUUAUUGCGUGCGAAAUUUACACUGAUGACUUUUUCGAGUACUAUCGGGAGCUCAUGGGUCAAGCUCAGCAAAUCAGUAACUUGAGAGUGGACUUGGGUAAAAUCGUUGUUAAGACUUUUUUUGGAAAUGUUCUGGAUUCAUAUUUGCUAAAAAUCAUUCCUAAUUUCAAUGCAACAUCCACAGAAAAGCUCAGCCUGUCUGAUUCUACUUUAGAUAGUGGUGCUACGGACAAAUCAUCAUUCUCAAAUGAUGUUUCGAAAUCGUCUUCACAGAGUAGACCGCAAUCCAGCUCUUCCACGACUUCGGUUAGCGCUGAGAAAACAAGUGGAUCCAAACGUGGUUUGUUUGGACGGCUGAAGCAGAAGGAUUUAAGGAAAGACAUUUCAUCAUCCCCAUCAUCACCAUCCACUUUAGGUGCCAAGGCAGGGCCAGCACAUAGCAAAAGCAAGGCAGAUUUGAUGGUGGAGAGAAUCAAUCAUAUUGACGACACUUCAAAACUAUUGAAGUUUCUCGAACUCAACCCGGAGGCCAUUCCAAUGGUGAAGGCGUACCAGGAGGGUAUGGAUGACAGAAGAAACGAGGAGAUCCCUGUGUUUAACUACGUUCCAGAGAAUGAAGGGGAAGAAAAAAUGGAAGCAGAAGGAGAAGAAAAAAGAGGAGUGACGGAGACGUCCACACUGGUUGUGAUCAACGAGGAAACGCAACUCGAGACCCGUCCUGCUUACACGGUUUACUUAAACGAGCUUGUCUCUCGCAACAUCGACGAAGAAGAGGUGGUCAAGAACAUCCCUAUCUGGAUCGCGAAGGGACUACUGCUCGACUUAUAUCCGAUCCCUUCGUCGAUGAUGAUGAAGAUCGGGUUCUCCUUGGUGCCCAUGGAGGGCAGCAACCUCAGCAGGCUCAAUGACGAGAAGUCGAUGCGGCUGAACGCCGUGGGCACUCUGAGAGUGGCCCGGAUCCUCGACUUUGUCCGAAGCAAACUACCUGCCGAAGAGGCCCGGGCGCCGCUUGAAUUGGUGUGUAAGGACGCUGUCCUUGGCGAAAAAUAUACGUUGGGCACUAUCAAGGCUCGUGUCUGGAGACAGGGCGGAGACAUCGAGAUUUUCUUCCGCAAGAGGACCGUGUAACUGUAGUAAUAAUAAUAGUAAUAGAGAGAUUGUGUGUAAAAAAACAUGAAAAAGUGAGGAAAAGGAGAA